AUAAACAACUUGACGAAUAUUGAUAUAAAUUUACUAAUAUACAGACAAAGCAAAAACUGGUUUUGCUUUUAACCUGUCGUGUUAAAUGAAGAUUCCUUAUGAUGACUAUAUAAAUUAAUUAGAUUAUGUUUUUUUGGUUAGGCAUUGCCUUUUUUUUGGCUUGUCCAAAAGUCGCUCUACUCAACUAUGCUGAAUACGAUCAACAAACAGAAUAUGAUCCGGAGUUGUCAAUGCUAGUGAUGCAAAAUAAUGAUAUAUAUAGUAAUGAAAAUAAUAAGGAUGAUAUUCGCGAAUAUAACGAAUAUAUAAGUGAAUUUAAUAAGAAUCUUAUGAAAAAAAAAGCCAUAAUACGGAAUUCUGGAAAGCAUCAAUAUUUUAGUGAAGUAAAAACAAAGUAUAAAAAGGAUUUCAUCGGCCGAAACUCUCCUAAAUUUAAAAGGAGAGUCACUCCAAGAAAAACAACAGCACCGUCAUAUAGUAAUUUAAAAAGUUUAGAUCAUUUUGAGGAAGCUAAACUGGUAAUUGAUAAUAAAAGUACCGAGCCAGAAUUGCAUAACCAUCUGAUUGUUCCAAAUGCCUAUCAACUAGAGACAAGGACUUCUGAAUUGAAUGAGAAAAAUAAGGUGCAUCAAUCUGAUAAUAUUGCUAUUGCUUCAGUAACUGAAGACAACAAUGUUUCUAAAGAGGAAGAACUUGUUCAAAGUGUUAACCCACAGGAUGUUUUUCUUGAACCCAGUAUUAUCAAUAAAACUGACAAAAAUAGAACCAAAACACAUAGUAGCCCAGCCUAUCACAUUCAUGUUAUAGAAGUUACUAAUGAAAAUACAUUUUUACAUAAACUGAAUUCAAGUUCAUUUAUAGUCUUGAUUGUUUGUUGUUGUGUGGCUGGAGUUGCUGCUAUUGUCUUGACAGGUUAUUGCUGGUUCAAAUUCGGUAAUGAUAGUGGAACUAAAAUGGCUUCUGGUUCAGACUAUAAAAACGUGAAAAAAGAAAAUUAUAACCAACUAAAGAAAAGUCCAGGUGAUGAAACUUUAGCUGAAAAUGCAAAGAUGUUUCAUUAUAUUCAUCAAAAAAAACAAAUGCAGCAACUUAGCAAAAACUCCAGUGAAAAUCAAGAUAAUAAUGCAAACAACACUGAUGAUGAAGAUGAUGAAAAUACUGUUUAUGAAUGUCCCGGACUUGCUCCGCCAGGGGAUAUGAAGGUAGUCAAUCCAAUGUUCAGUGAUUCUGAAAAUUAUCCGAGUAAUAAGUGCGGUAGUAAUCCAGAUAGCCCGCCACCACCUUAUGCGGAUUUGCAUAUGGAAACACCGACAAAUAAUUAAUAUGUCUACGGCAAUAAAUUUUAUCUAUUUGAUUCCAAAUUUAUAGUUUCCAUUUCAAACUAUAGUUUUCAUUUCUCAUCAUACAGCGUUAAUUUUUUUAAUUUGUUGAUUUAGUGUUUAUACUAAAUAUUGCAAUUCUUUUACUUUCUUUAGUCGUUUUUUGCUAUUAGCUUUAAAUAUAAAUUUUGAAAGACAUAAAAUAAGUCUUCUUUUCGAAUUCAAAAUAUAGGGGAGGUUUUUCAUUUUAAUAAAAAUGUGACUAAUUUUUUUGGGUAGGGUGUAAAAUAUUUUUUAAUCAAUUUUCUUAAUAUAUGUUUAAAACGUUCCCAUAUUAUUUUUAUAAAACGGUUGUAAUAUAUUAUGAGUGUAAUAAGAAAAAAAAAAGUACAGAUAAAGGAUAAUUAUAAUUAUCGUUUGAAAAUAAAUUAUGUUAUAAAGA